AUGAGAGGUUAUGUGACAAAAACAGAGUAUGAAAUGCUAGGAGAUGGAACAACCAAGGAAACACCACAGAAUAAAUUCAACAGACUUCAGCAUGAGAUAAGAGAGCUUGCAGAGGAACUCGAACAUAUCAAGGUAUCAUCCCAAUCCUUCUUAUAGUUGACAAAGUAAAAAAAAUCACAACGAAUGAAAAUUGUUUUUGUUUUUGUUUUUGUAAAAUCCUAAGAAAUAAAGUAAUAGAAGUAAGCCAAAGUGUUUCCAUUUUUUUGUUUUUGAUGGAGCUGAAAACAAUAGUUAGUCACCAGACAAUGUGGGAUUAACUGACAAGAAUUUUUCCAUAUCAGACAACUUCUUACCUACUGUCAGUAGACAUGUACUGGACUGAUCUGUCAUUUUGCAGAACAACAUGGAUUAAAAUUGCAUGCAGUACAUUCUCUUCAAAAGGAAGAUGUGUCAGGACUUCUUCUUGUGAGAGACCUCCUGCAGUUUGCCUUUCAUAAGAGACCACCUGCCAUAAUCGACCUCUAACUCUUCGCAUUUUUGGUGGUCGCUUAUGUGAAGUUCAACUGUAUGUUAAAUGACAGUAUCAUUGUUUUACAUCAUUUGCUCAACUAGGUUUUCUGUAAUUCCAAAAACCUCUUUUGAAGCUUACGUGAUCUCUGAGCAUUGCUGCUUCAUUUUAAAAUUGUUGUUUUACAGGACACAAUGCAAGAUGAAAAGGAAGAGAAGAAACUCUCUCCAGUUGUACUGGUACAAGAGGUAAAAUCAUACUGUAAGGAUCAAAUUAGUUAG